CCCGACAGGGAUAGGAGUUAAUUUGGCUCCCAAAAAUUAUAACUUUGUGGAGGUUUUUCUUUUAUACUCCUUUGGCUAGCAAUGGUCAUGGCCUUUCCUAGAGAACUCUCUCUGGUUUGGUUCUGGCUGGUCUCUUUUUAAUUAAAAGCCUCUAAUUUAUUAAAACCAAACCUUAAGACAGACCAGUAAAUCUCUAAGUGACACAGAACCCACAAAAAAAAGAUAGCUUGUCCACAGCUAGGCGCCAACACCUGAGUUAGUAUUCGCCAGUGGGGAAGGCAUGGGGUCAGACCCAGAGUCUCUACCAUGAACUGUGCUUCAGACUUAAUAAGGCCAACCUCAAACAGCUUAACCCAUCUGUGACCUUCUCUAAAGAACCUCCCUAUUGUUUCAAGAAAAGCAGCCAUUUCUAGGAAUAGAAACUAAAACCAACUCUGACUGCCGCCCUUCCGUGGGUGGUUUAGAUAAAAAGAUCUCAGAUCCAGCCAGAAAAUUAUAGACAGCAGGGGCUGUGUGUGGACCAGGACCAAUAAAGUAACUUGGGGAAGAUCAGGCUGUCCAUCCCAAGUGCUCCUCCGUUCUUUAUGCAGUUCUUCUUAGGACAUCAGAACUCCACACCUCACUUCUUUUCUUCCUGAACAUCCUGAGUCUGAAUUCCAGUUCUAGAUCAUUCAGAGGGGACUGCCCCUGCUGGAAUACAAAGACCUUCCCUGAGAGGAGAGCCUUCAAGAGGUGCCAUUACCAUCAGAUCAAGGUCACCACUGCUGAGCUUCCACUGGACAGAGCCAUGGCUUGGGCCUCUAGCUUUGAUGAAUUCUUUAAGAAUUUUAAGAGGGAAAGUAAAAUCCUCUCUGAGGAAAACAUCACCUCGAUUAAAUCCUACAUUGAGCAAAAUGACCUCCAGGAAGCACUGUCUGUAAUCGACAAUGCACUGAGAGACAUCGAGAAUGCCCCCCUGAACAUUGCUGUGACGGGGGAGACAGGGACAGGGAAGUCCACAUUCAUCAAUGCCCUCAGGGGGGUGGGGCAGGAAGAAGAAGGUGCAGCCACCACUGGAGUGACAGAGACAACCAUGGAGAGAAAGCAGUAUGACCACCCCAAGUUUCCCCAGGUGAAAAUAUGGGACCUGCCUGGCAUUGGGUCCACUAACUUCCCACCACAAAACUACCUAACAGAAAUGAAAUUUGCUGAAUAUGACUUCUUCAUUAUCGUCUCUUCUACACGCUUCAAAGAAAAUGAUGCACAACUAGCCAAAGCCAUCAAAGAGAUGAAGAUGAAUUUCUACUUUGUCCGAACCAAGACAGAUAAUGACUUAUAUAAUGAACAGAAGAGUAAACCUAAGUCUUUCAAUAAGGAGAAUGUCCUGAUGAACAUCAGAAAAGACUGUUCAAAGCAUCUCCAGGAGGUUCUCUCCAGUGAACCUCCAGUCUUCUUGGUCUCUAACUUUGAGAGGUCUGGCUAUGACUUCCCAAAUCUGGAAAUGAAACUCCUAAGGGAGCUCCCAGCCCAUAAGCGUCACAUCUUCAUGCUGUCCUUGCACAGUGUUACUGAGGACACCAUUAACCUCAAGAGAGAUUCCUUGAAGCAGAAAGUCUGGCUAGAGGCUGUGAAGGCUGGAGCAUUUGCCACCAUUCCAUUUGGUGGCAUGAUCAGCGAUGAUCUAGAGAAUCUGGAUGAAACAUUCAACCUCUACAGGUCUUACUUUGGACUGGAUGAUGCCUCCUUGGAAAAGAUUGCUGAAGAUUUUGACAUGUCUGUGAAUGAAUUCAAGGUGCACCUUCAGUUUCCCCAUUUGUUUGCAGAAGGCAAUGAUGUGCCCUUAGGAGACAGACUAGUGAAAUAUAUCAAACACAUUUCCUCCGUUACUGGUGGACCACUUGCUACCUGCAUUUACUUCAGAAAGACUUUCUAUUUGCAGAAUCUCUUUCUGGAUACUGCUGCAAAUGAUGCUAUUGCUCUUCUUAAUAAGGAAGCUCUUUUUGAAAAGAAGGUGGGACAAUAUAUAUCUAAGCCCCCCGAUUACUGGGAAUGAUGGAAAAUGAGGCACAAGCUCCAAUCAGUAUUUACUUUUCGCCUUGCUUUGGACACUGACUCAUAACCUUUUCCAGAGUAACAAACCUUGUCUGUGGAGUACCAGAGCCUUCAUCCUUUUCCUCUUCUGGAGCCAGAAGCUCACUGUGGCAAGUGUUCAAUGGUGCUGUAGCAGUAGAAGAAGAAUCAUCAACACUGUGUGAAUGCAUGAGGAAACCUCAUUUACACUGAAGUCGUAUGUAAAUAACACAUGAUAAUAUGGAUUUGAUUUGCAAUUCUGUUAUGAAAUGAAUCCUAGAUCUUUAGCCCCUGUGAAAGUCUUCACACACUUCUGUAUUUUCACACUGCUUUGAGGGGUUUCUGAAACAGCCGCAUCUGGUGCCCAACAUUGUAUAGACAAACACACCUCCUUAAGAGGUGUGAGUCCCACACAGUAGGAACACAACAGGUGGGGACUGUGACCAUAGGCCAAGUUCCAUCCCAGAGGCACUGGGUAAAAAAAAAUAGAAGAGUAAACAUACCUAUAGAUCCCCUUGGUCCAUACAAAUAAAGAAAUCUAUUUCAUACCCUUCAAGGCAAAUUUGAGUGAACUGGGAAUUCACACUAUGUGAAUGGCAACUGAAACUCUUCAUUUGACCUAGUGGCAUUAGGAGCCUUGAUAUAUCACACAGUAUACCCUUCUGUCCAAUCAGCCCUACCCAGAAAUGUUCAUUGUAAUGAGCCAC